ACCGGUGUUUGUACUACAUUUAGGCGAAAUUGGCAGACGAUAGUUUUAUCUCAUUCGGAAAUGUUUUAAUGUCAUGAUGAAAGGGCUUUUGCUGUUUAAUCAGAGCAGUGUUCUUUUAUUUAUUGACGCGGACCAGGAAUUUUUGGAAUCAGCUUACAAGAAGAGACUCCUUCAAGAGUUUAGAAAUGACCAGAUUGCUGAACACAUAGAUGAUCCUUAUGAUGUGGGACAAAUGUUUGUGCCAUUUUCUGCAUCACAGAAUGUAAUGAGCGAUACUUUGAAGAACCCUUAUGAAAAGAUUAUCUGUGAAAAUAAUUCCAUUACAGUUUCCAAACAGCUGGAUAAUAUAUUAUUUAUUGCUGUUAAUGGAGAUGGUACAGAAGAUGAACACUUCCUUAACAAGAAAAUUUUGGUCUUCCAUCGAAUAUUGAAAUUUCUUUAUGGUCCAGUAUUGAAACAAAUAAAACCAAAAAGAUUGCAUGAACAAAGAGAAAGACAGAAUUAUUUAACACAAAUUCUCAGGACAUGGUGCCACCUUGUCCAAGAAGAGCAGUCCUUUCUAAUGGAGGCAGUUGAACAGUUGUAUGUAAACUCUGUGGUUAAUGAGAAAUCUUUAGAACUUCUCGAAAUGGUUGUGAAAAAAGUCAGUUCAGUUUCUUCUAUAAGUAACAACCAUGCACUUCUUUUGGUGCAUGGUAAGCUCCUUUCUCUUUAUUCCAGCAACAGUGCUUAUGAGUUACAGUCAGCCGAUAUCCUCACUAUUAUUCUUCUAGCAUGUGUUCAACAUCCUUACAAUUCUGAACUACGAGCUGACAACUUGCUAAGAAAACCUCAACCAGAACAACAACAACAACAACAACAACAACAACCAUCAUCAUCACAUAAGCAAGAAGAUGAAGAACAACUAAGUGAGCAACAACAGCCAUCACCACAGCAACAAAAACAACAACAAGGUGAAUGUCAGCAGCCAUCCUCACAACAAGACGUUGAAGAACAACAAAGCAAGCAACAAGAACAAUCAUUACAGCAGCACAAAGAUGAAGAACACCAAAGUGAGCAGCAACAGCCACCAUUACAGCAACAAGAAAAUGAAGAACAUGAAAGCAAGCGACAGGAUGAACGAAAGCAUUCAUUACAGCAACAAGAUGAACAACAACAAUCAUCACAGCAACAAGAUGAACAAGGAAGUGAGCAAUAUCAGCAACCAUUAUCACCACAGCAACAAGAAAAUGAAGAACAACAAAGUGAGCAACAGCAAGAGCAUCCAGUAGAACAAAAAAGUGAGGACAAUUUGCCAUCAACUUCACCACAUGUUAGUCAACAAAGUGAAGUGUUAGAAACUUCUAGAACUCUUAGUGUUGUAUCAGAUGGUAGUCAAUCCCUUGGACUUGACUCUGUUAACAAUACAGCAACUGAUCAAAGAAAAACUGUUCAAAAGAGUUUUGAAAUCCAUAAAGCAUCAUGUAGUUACUUAGAAGAUCUUGACAACUGUGAAGUAUCAUCAGCAGAUUUGCUAUCCGUCUCUAGUAGAAACAUCUCUGAUAAUGUACAGCAUAGUAGCAGCAGUAUUGAAGAGGAUAAUGAAAAUAUCAGUUCUGAGAGUAUUUCUUAUAAUAUCAACAAAGCAAAUAUUGAGGCAAGCACUGAACCCAAACUAGCUUCUAGUAGUGCCAAGAAACAAUCGAGGAAGUAUACUGGAACCACUGAAUCCAGCAGUCAGUCUACAAGUUCUAGAUCAAAACUAUUUAACACUGCCAUAAAACCAAUUCCUGUGUGUUUACAUACUUCUGCAUGUUUGUUUACUCCACAUCAAUUGUUCUGUAUAGAAGUGAUUCCUGGCAUUGUCUUGGUUAUUGUUUUAGAGCAAUGCCAUUCAAGUCAAUCUGGUUUAAUCUGCCAACUACAUGAUCUCCUCAAUGAUAUUACUUCUGGGAGCAGCAGAGGAGAACGACUUGUCCGAGGGGAUUGCCAGUAUACAUUUGAUGUUCUGGAUAUGUUGUUAAAGAAAGUCACUGGUUCUCGUGCAGGUCACAAUGACAUCAAGAAAAACAUAAAGAAGAACUGGGAAAAUGCUGUUCAAAAGGGACUGGAUCUUGUUCUUGAUAAGGGUAAUGUGAAGGACUUACCUGACAAAAUACUCAAUUCUUUGUCUGCAAUGUGUGACAGCUUAAAAGACCUCUUUCUCCAUAUGUUUAUCCAGAAAAGUGUUGUUAGUACAGCCAUGCAAGAAAUUUUGUUUUUCUGUAAACAGCGGAUUUUUAAAGAAUUAGUUGAUUAUAAAGACUAUCUGAUUGUGAAAGCAGAAAGAAACAUUGCCAUUACUUCUUAUAUCCAAGACUUCCCAGGAAUGGUAUUCUUUAUAUUUGUUGACCGUACAACAAAUCAAGUCAUUGCUCCUGCACUAAAUAUAGAUCCUGAUGAUAAACCAGAAGCUUACAAGGCAACUUUGUUUCUCAAGAAAAAGAUUUGGAAAGUAGCUCAUUUCAUGCAACAGAAAUUAUCUCAAGGUUAUACGACAGUUCUGCUUAGAGAUGGAGACUUCUUCAUAUCUUAUUACUUGUGGUUUGAAGAUAACUCGCAUAAUCCACUUGUAGUUCAGCAACCAUACAAGCCUUUGUCUCAUUCACCUCCUCCUGGAAUUCUUUGUGGUAAUCUCUAUAGACAACUAAUCCGACAGUGCUUUCCCACAGUUAUCCCUGGCUCUGUCCACUGCUUGGAAUUGAUCUGCAUUCAUCUGGGAAUUGUCCCAACCAACUUGAUCUCUGUUCAUAUUCAACAACUUUCAAAUCAGCUUUGGAAAAUGGCUGAAGAUGGUUUGGCACCAAUUAGUUUGCUGUAACUGGCUCUGUAACUUCUGACCAUAGACUAGAAUGUUUAGUCAUGCUAGUUCAGCUCAGUAGAACAAAAUCAUUACAGUUUUUACUGUAUUAUAUGUUACUGCUACAUUGUUGCUAUUUUGAUUAUGUUUUUUGUAGUUUAUCAUCAUAAUUCCAUUGAUAUUUCACUUUCGAUCCAAAACGAAAAUAUAUAUUUCUAUUUUGUUUUUAGAAUGUGUGUUUGAGAGAGAGAAAGAGAAAAAAAAAACUAUGUGUAUCUGUGUUUGUGACUAUGUAUGAUUGCCUCUUCUUCCUCUGUCUUCAUUUAAUUACCAAUUUAAUAUUAUACAUACACACACACGUAUUUACAAAUGCUUGUUUUUAUAAAUGCAUAUAGAUAAAUCUAUAUGCAUCUUGAAUGGUAUGGAUAUAUGUAUGGUAUGUGUGUGUAUAUAUGUAUAUGCACACACUCACAGGCAGUUGUAUGUAUAUUUAUGUACGGACACACAUCUGCUUAUGUAUAAUGUAUUUAUGUUUGUAUUUUUUUCUUAUAUACACACACAUUUUCAUUAAGUGUCGACUGUCAUUUAUUCCUAUUUUGGUGAAAUUUUUACAUCAGUGUAUAAAUUUUUAAUUGUGAGAAAAUCUUUUAAUGGUCACUAGAAUGAUUGUGAAAAUGAAAAUUUUUAUCUUCCUCCAAUUCUGUUAGUUUUCUAUAAGAGUAAAGUUAUUAUUUGGUGAAUGGUAGAACUGGGAAGAGCAACAUUAAAUUCCUUGCUGUAAUUAGUUACAUCUCUUUACAUUCUGGGUUCAGGUCCCACUAAAGUAAACUUUCUAUUCCAUUCUUCUAGGGUCAAUAAAAUAAAAUAUCAAUGAAGUACUGGAGUAGGUAUAAUUAACCCCACCCACCUGCAAAAUUUGUGGUCUGUGCAUAUGUUGUUAUUAUUUUUAAAGGCUGUUAUUAUCUUAAAAGCUGGCAGGGUCAUUAGCAUGUUGGACAAAAUGCUUGGUGGCAUUUUCUUCUGACUCUAUACAUUCUGAGUUGAAAUUCUGCCAUGGUCAACUUUCCUUUCAUCCUUUUUGGGGUUGAUACAGGCAGUAUUCGUUCGGGUCAAUGUAAUCAAUUUGUCCCUUCCCCUCAAAAUUGCAGGUCUUGUAUCAAGAUCAGAAACAAUUAUUACUGUUAUUAAGGCAGUGAGCUGGCAGAAUCGUUAGCACACUGGGCAAAAUGCUUAGCAGUAUUUCUCCCUUCACUACGUUUUGAGUUCAAAUUCCACUGAGGCCGACUUUACCUUUCAUCCUUUUGGGGGCCAGUAAAUUAAGUACCAGUGAAACACCGGGGUUGAUGUAAUCGACUCAUCCCAGCCCCAAAAUUGCUAUCCUUUGUGGCAAAAUUUGAAACCAUUAUUAUGCAUGGCUUAGUGGUUAUGGUGUUGGACUUGUGAUUGUAAGAUUGUGGUUUUGAUUCCUGGACUAGGCAAUGCAUUGUGUUCUUUAGCAGAACAUUUCAUUUCAUGUUGCUCCAGUCCGCUCAGCUGGCAAAAAUGAGUAAUCCUGUGAGGAACUGGUGUCCCAUCCAGGUGGGGAAUAUAUAUGCCUUGGAAACUGAGUUCAAAUCCCUCCAGACUCAAUAGAACAGGUACCAGACAUAUUUGUAGCCCAUAUUCAACCAACUUUAAAUAUCAAUAAAAUAAAUAGAAGUGGCAUACAUAUAGGAAUAGGGAAGCUGUUUAAUCAACUAACCAUUAUCUUAUUAUAGUUCAUUAUUAUUACUUAAAGGCAGUAGAUAGUAGACUUGACACAGCAGAUUAUUUUGCUCUGAAGUAAUCAGAUAUGUUAAUUUAUGCUCUGAGUUCAAAUUGAUUAUACCCUUUUCCAAAAUAUGUAGACUUGUGCUAUAUUAGAAAAUAUUUUUUAUUAUUAUAUAGAGCAGUGAAAUAUUAGAACUGACAAGUAGUAUUAAUGCCUUAUGUCAUUUACUCUUGUCACUCAACAUACUGAGUUUUACUGCAACUGACUUUAAAAUGUUAUCUGUCUAAAGUUGAUUAAGCACCAGUUACAUACUGAGUUGAUUCACCUAGAUCCUUCUCCCAUUUACAUUUUACCAACAGAAGUUAUCACUGUUAUAAGAAAUAUUUUUAUCUAGAAAACCUUUCUUCUAUAAAUUUGUGCUUUUGGCUAUAAGCCAGAAAUUAUUAUCAUUAUUAUUAAGGUGGUGAGCUGGCAGAACUGUUAGCAUGCUGGGCAAAAUGCUUUGUGGCAUUUCAUCCGUCUAUGUUCUGAGUUCAAAUUCUGUUGAGGUCAACUUUACCUUUCAUCCUUUUGGGGAUCGAUAAAAUAAGUACCAGUUGAGUACUGGAGUUGAUAUAAUCGACUUGACUCCUCCCUUGAAAUUUCAGGCCAUGUGCCUAUAUUAGAAAGGCUUAUUAUUAUUAUUCCAUUGUUGCUGUUCCUUUGUUUUAUAUGAGCUGUUCCAAUUCUUGCCCAGAAACCUCAGGAAACAGCAUGUUGAACAUUUUUUGUGAGUGUUUUUUUAUGAGUAGUGAUAAUAUAUUUCAGGUAAAGGAGGCCAAAUACACUAAGAAUUAAAAUUCUGACCAAAUAGAAAAUCAAGAUUCUGUUUUAUUAUUAUUAUUAAAGGAUUUGUAGAAUUGUUCGAGCAUUGGCAAAAUGCCUUGCAGCAUUUAUUCUGGUUCUUUACAUUUUGAGUUUAUAUCCUAAGAAGGCCAGCUUUGUCUUUAAUCAUUCCCAAGUCAAUAACAUAAAGUACCAGUCAAGUACUGGAGUUGAUUUAAUUGACUAAACCCCACACCCUAAAAAUGCUGGCCUUAUGCCUAAAUCAGAAACAGUUACAAUUGUUGUUGUUGCCACUGAAGAGAAGAGGUAAGCUGAAUUUAUUAUUCAGUUUGGAUACUCAUGGGAGCCAAUCCAUUUAAGAAUGCUCUCUAGAAAAGCAUGAAUGUUACAUUCCUCAUCCUUUACCAAUCAGUCUUAUGUCUAUGUAGAUUAUAUUAUUACUACCACAUUAUUAAAAUAAGUACCAGCCACAUACUGAAACAGGGGCUUGAUCUUCAUCAACUAAAUGCCUUUCCAACAAAACUGUGGCUUCAUUCCACUAUAAGGGACCAAUUAAAUGUGUUAUCAAACAUGCGGCGAGUGGAUGAAAUACCUUAGUUUUCAGUUACAACUUUGCCAGGGUCAAAUUUGUGUUCCAUCUCUCUGCAGAGGGGUUCAUUAAAAUCAGUACCAGUCAAAUUAUUUGUUUUUAGAAGGAUAGCGUAGCUCAUCCAGUAGGUGUCAGACUAAAUGCCUUCAGCUAUUUCUCUUCAUUAUUUUAAAUACCAACAGAGAUCAAUUUUACCUUUUAUCCCCACUGUAUUGAUAAAAGUGCUACCAUUAAUGCAUUGGGGUGGGUUCAAGAGAAUGUGUCUUUUCUCUACAAAUGUGUCAUCAAAGUUAUAAUAAUACUUAUAAUUAACAUUAUUAUUUCCUUGAAUUAUUCUUAGUGCCUUAAAUUAAAGAUACUUCUUUUCUACCAAAGUGUCAAAGUUAUAAAUUUAUUUGCUUAUUUUAAAUGCCUUAAAUUCUAUGGAAUGAAUCAAAUUUUAUAAACUAUUUUUCUAGUCAACCAGGAGAGUGUCUGAAUCUAUUUUUUGACAAAUUACAUCCUUUGUUUUUAAUUGCUUGAACAUUACAGUAAAUUGCUAUGUCCAAACAUUCUUUAUAUUGAUGAAAAUAAAACUGAUCAAACCAGAAA